UGCCUUCUUUGACCCGUUGGUUAUAUCUUUCUUCCUGCUUCCCAAUUCACACACUUUCCCUUCAGAGUUAACUCGUCUUCUUCCUCUCUAUCCUUUCUUCUCUGAGCCCUUCGAUUUUGGCUCUGUUUUUUCAAACCUUCUGUUCACGUCCUUUUCUCCAAUUCAGCUGCUCUUUUCUGCCUUCCCUUCUGGGCAGAGCGAUGCUUCCACGCUAUUUCGAGAGCUCUGCAAGUUUCUUUGGUUCUCCUGAGCUUGAUUCCUAUAUAAUUCAGAGAAACUGAUCGUUUUAGUUCGUGUUGGAUUGCGUUUCUGUUCGUUAAUUUCUUUGAAAUGUGUGUCAGGAUGUGUUCUUGAGGGGACUAUAGUAUGGAUUUUAUAACCUCCAACGGAUCCCAACUGAAGUGAGGUAUCUGGGUUGUUUCUUCUCGGCUCGUGUUUGAGAUCGUGGUUGAAGAUGGUUCUGAGUAGCCGAAUUUUCUGUGCUCAUUUUAUUAUUAUUAAUUCCUUGUUGCUGCUUAGUUGUCACAUGGUCUUUGGGACUCCGACUGACAUCUUCUGCUUGAAAAGUAUAAAAGAUUCUCUUCAAGACCCAUAUGGUUAUUUGAAGUCUUCCUGGGAUUUCAACAACAACACAGAAGGAUUUAUCUGUAAAUUUACUGGGGUCGAAUGUUGGCACCCUGAUGAGAACAAAGUCUUAAAUCUAAAGUUGUCAAACAUGGGACUCAAGGGCCAGUUUCCUCGUGCCAUUCGAAAUUGCUCGAGCUUAACAGGAUUGGACCUGUCAAUUAACAAACUUUCUGGAACAAUCCCAUCAGAUAUCAAUGUUCUCCUUGAAUAUGUGACAAAUCUUGAUCUAUCUUCAAAUGACUUUUCUGGGACGAUCCCUGUGAAUCUUGCAAAUUGUUCUUAUCUUAAUAUUCUUAAACUGGAUCAAAAUCGGCUCAGCGGGACGAUUCCUGGACAAUUCAGCACGCUUACAAGGCUCAAGACAUUUAGUGUCUCAAGCAAUCUUUUGACGGGGCCAAUUCCAAACCUUAAGCAGCAAGUCUCAGCUGAUAGCUAUUCAAAUAAUCCUGGACUAUGUGGUCCCCCUUUGCCAGUUUGCCAGGCCCCAUCCUCCAAGAGUAACUCUGCAGUUAUAGCCGGAGCAGCUGUUGGUGGGGUGACGGUUGGAGCAUUAGUAAUAGGUAUUGGAUUGUUCUUCUUUGUCAGACGAGUAUCUGUGAUUAAGAAGGAAGAAGACCCUGAAGGCAACAAAUGGGCAAGAAGUCUGAAGGGAACUAAAGGAAUAAAGGUUUCAAUGUUUGAGAAGUCAGUUUCAAAAAUGAAAUUGAGUGAUCUCAUGAAGGCUACUAACAACUUCAGCAACGUCAAUAUUAUCGGGUCUGGAAGAACAGGAACCAUGUACAAAGCUGUCCUUGAUGAUGGCACAUCGCUCAUGGUUAAGAGAUUGCAGGAAUCUCAACACUCCGAGAAAGAAUUUCUUUCUGAGAUGUCUACCCUUGGGGCUGUCAGACAUCGUAACUUGGUUCCUCUUUUAGGUUUUUGCCUUGCCAAGAAGGAGAGGCUUUUGGUCUAUAGUUUUAUGUCAAAAGGCACUCUUCAUGAUCAGCUACAUCCUGCUGAAGGUCAGAGCACCCUAGAAUGGCCUAUAAGGCUUAAAAUUGCUAUUGGAGCAGCUAAAGGAUUAGCAUGGCUCCAUCAUAGCUGCAAUCCCCGUAUCCUUCAUCGUAACAUAAGCUCCAAGAGUAUCUUAUUGGAUAGCGAUUUUGAGCCCAAAAUUUCUAGUUUUGGCCUUGCUAGACUGAUGAACCCAAUUGAUACACAUCUGAGUACUUUUGUUAAUGGGGAGUUUGGGGAUUUAGGUUAUGUUGCUCCUGAGUAUACAAGAACGCUGGUGGCUACAACUAAGGGGGAUGUUUAUAGCUUUGGGGUUGUUCUUCUUGAGUUGGUGACAGGUGAAAGACCCACUCAUAUGGCUAAAGCUCCAGAAACAUUCAAGGGAAGUUUGGUUGAAUGGAUUACCGAACUCUCAAGCAGCUCUGAACUGCAAACUGCCAUUGAUGAAUCAUUAGUUGGGAACGGAUGUGAUCAUGAGCUUUUCCAAUUUCUUAAGGUUGCAUGCAACUGUGUUUCAUUAAAUCCAAAGGAAAGGCCGACUUUGUUUGAAGUAUACCAGUUUCUGAGAGCCAUUGGUAGCAGGUACAAUUUCACAACUGAGGAUGAGAUAUUGGUACCUACAGAUAUUGGUGAUGCUGGAAAUCUAGACGAACUUAUUGUGGCUCGAGAAGAGAAUAAUUGAAAAGGCAGGUGAGAUAUAUACACACAUAUUUAAUGUAGGUCUAAUUUUAUCAAUUUUCGUAUGUAACUCUCUCUUGCUUUGCAGUCCAAGAAUAAGCCUUAGUGUAAUAUAUUUCUUGGUGAUCUAAAUCCAGUUGUGUGAAAUCAAUAUUGAAAAGACAGUAUUGUAUCAUCUUAUGAACGAUCAGCAUAUAUAGGUGAGUUACUUUAGUUCGCUGUUUAAUGUAUUUGAUUUCCUUCUCCUCUCCCCUGUAAUGCUGAUGUGUAUAGCAGAAAUCUCCUUUUGGCAUUAAGGAUCUGUUUUUAGAUUUAGUAGUUUAUGAAUCAUUGAUUUGA